ACCCGCCCCGGGGACCCCGCCGGCCCCGCCUGCCCCUCUGCACACACACACAGCUGUGCCUUUAUCUCCUGUUUGCUCUGAGAGGCCCCACAGCCGGGGGGCGGAGAGGCGGGGACCCAGGCUUCCGCUUUGGCCUGGGCUCCUGGGGAGGCUGCAGAUGCGCAAAUCCAGAUGCAAACAGGCGCAGCUGUCCACACAGCCCGCAGGUGGCCGUCAGGGAGCCAGCGGCCGAGUGUGCGGGGACUCAGGAGCGGGUGCCUGGGGCAGAGCGGGCUGUGAGGAGAGCCGCAGCCGUGUCCCGGCCUCCCGUCCCCUUGGCCACCUCGCAUGUGUGAGUUAAGUCCCUGACUGGGUGGAUUCCACCAGCGAGGUCUUCUGUAUGCUGGCUUUGAUUUCCUUUGUCAGCGCCGACGGGAACGGAAAUUGGCAGAGUGAGCCGGCUCGGCGCUCUCCUCCAGAUGUGCAUCCCUGGCUCGUCGGCCGGGGCCAGUGGUGAUGUCAUGAACACAUCUGGGAGCCCAAAGGCAACGCCGAGUUAGACAGUGUGUGGAAGCAUGUCCCAGGGGAGGAGGGCGCUGAGACCAAUUAGGAAGAGUCCUCUGCCCUAGGGCUGUGUCUCAGCAAUGGCAUGGGGAAGUGCCCGUUGACAGCGACGUCCCCGGCAGGCUCCUUGGGAGGUGCGGGGGGGGGGGGCGCUGCACAGAGACUGGGAUGGAGGACGAGGCACAGGAGGUGCAUAGACUCCGAGGGACCGGCCACUUACUCAGAGGACUGGCCGCGAAGCAGAGCAUGUGGGGAGAAAAGUGAGGAGGGGAACCCCUCCCAAGCCCGUGGGGUGGGCGUUUGCUGGGCUUUGGGGCAAACAGGAGCUGCUUACUACCUUCCUACCGGAAGUGGACAGUCCGUGUGCGCCAGCUGGGGUCACGAGCAGGACCGCGGCGUGCACACUUCCCAGCUCCGAGUGUUCGCGGGCUGUGAACUGUUUUGAAGCUCGCCUUCCGUUGUCCCCACGAGGAGCUCCUUAGGUGGAUGGGCGGCACAGGAGUCCCCGAAACUGCAGCAGGUGCACCCCAGGACUGCCGUGGGUGCUGGACACCGCAGCUAGCGUGAAGCCCUGUGUGUACGCUGGCUCUUCCCACGAGCACCUGCUGUGGCACAGUCUGACGAGGAGAUGAGGCCGAAUUCGAUAACAAUAGCUAGCAGUAAAAUAGAGCAAUUGCAACCGGACGCCAUGCUAGAAGCUCUGUGAAUCACGGCAUGGGGAUCCCCUCAAUCGCCAUCAUGCUGCACGAGCUCAUCAAGCUGCUGUACCACGCCCGGUGCGCCGACGUCACCAUCAUCCGCAUCGGCACCUCCGGCGGGAUAGGUCUGGAGCCCGGCUCCGUGGUCAUCACGCGGCAGGCCGUGGACGCCUGCUUCAAGCCGGAGUUCGAGCAGAUCGUCCUGGGCAAGCGGGUGGUCCGCAGCACCGACCUGGACGAGGGGCUGGUGCAGGAGCUGCUGCGCUGCGCGGGGGACCUCAGCGAGUUCGCCACGGUGGUGGGCAACACCAUGUGCACCCUGGACUUCUACGAGGGCCAGGGCCGUCUGGACGGCGCCCUCUGCUCCUACACGGAGAAGGACAAGCAGGACUACCUGCGGGCGGCGCACGCCGCGGGCAUCCGCAACAUCGAGAUGGAGUCGUCGGUCUUCGCCGCCAUGUGCAGUGCCUGCGGCCUCCGAGCGGCCGUGGUGUGUGUCACCCUCCUGGACCGGCUGUGCGGGGACCAGAUCAGCAGCCCGCACGAGGUGUUAGCUGAGUACCAGCAGCGGCCGCAGCGCCUGGUGGGCCACUUCAUCAAGAAGAGCCUGGGGCGGGCCUGAGGCGCUACAUCCCGGGGCAGGCCACCGGAGCCCCCGCCGGGGAAACUGCUGUCCGAGUCCCCUUCGUGUCCCUGGAGCACACUGCUCGGGAGGAACUGGGGAGCAGGUUGCUGUUCAGAGGAGGGGAGGCUGCAUCAGGUUACCCAGAAGGGGGCCGUCUCUGUAAAAGCUUCCUAAGUGCAUUUCAACGACUUUAUCUUGGUUUGGAGGUUUUUUUUUCCCCCAGAACUUUCGGUAGAAUAUUUGAACUCUUGUUAGUGAAAAAUUAAGGAUUUUAAAGUUCUAUACAAUUCAUGUGAAUAAACACGUAAGUGAAAAAUUAAGGAUUUUAAAGUUCUAUACAAUUCAUGUGAAUAAACACGUAAUUUGAUAACCAUG